UAUUAUAUCUUUUGUAUUAGCUUUUGCCGUUGGUGUUCUUUUACUUUAUUGUGAUCAUUGUUCAGUGUAAUAAUACUUUGUUUUAUUUAACCCUAAGAAUUCUUGCCAUCAAAAAAUAAUGGCGUUAAUUAAACAGAGACGUGCAUGGGUUAUUGCUUUAUUUGUUGAAUCCCAAACAUACAGUGUGAUACCAACAACUUGGGUUUUCCAAUUAACCGAUGAUUUUGGUAAGAUAACAAUAUUUUGUAAAUGGCCACCUGGAUUGGAUCAGGAUGUUACAAGUGAAACCAUAAAGAAUACAACCGUCCCAACAGAUGAUUGGUCUUCAUAUAAAAUUCGUAUGUUGGAUAAUGGUAAAGAAUACUAUAACUUCAGUAAAGCAUGGCAUAAGAAGAUUGAUUAUGUUAAAUCUGCAACUGAAAGUGAAGAUGGUCCUACAAGUUCAAAAAAAUCCAAAGUUAAUUUUAUACCAGACUCUGAAAGUGAAAUUGAAGGCAA